AUGUUUUCUCGAUUUUACCCAUUGCCCACUUACAUCUUGUUGCCAUGGCUGCUGGUAGUACUUUUCGCGCUGAGUGGCACAGACAGGUACGUGCUGGCGCUACGUUAUGCACAAGGCACGGGCGAUGAAAAUUGCGAAACGUUGAAAUCGGAAAUACAUUUGAUCAAGGAGGAAUUCGAUGAGCUGGGCCGGAUGCAAAGGACCUGCAAUGCAGAUGUGAUAGUGAAUAAGUGCGAGGGGUUGUGCAACAGCCAAGUGCAGCCGUCUGUCAUCACGCCAACGGGCUUCCUAAAGGAGUGCUAUUGCUGCAGAGAAAGCUUUCUCAAGGAAAAAAUAAUCACUUUGACGCACUGCUACGAUCCGGACGGUACCCGGCUUUCCACGCCCGAAAUGGCAACCAUGGAUAUACGGCUGCGUGAGCCGACCGACUGCAAGUGCUUCAAAUGCGGCGACUUCACCAGAUAA